AACGUAUGAACGACGCAUGCAAUGAUAGUGAUGUGACAAUCACUCUUGAUGACAAGAAUUGUGCCCUUCUAAGUCGUAGUAAUGACUUGAUCACAUGUGAUCCUGGCGAGACGUUUCCCGGCACCGCAAGAACUGUGCAAGUCAAGGUGAAGAUUGGAAACAAAGAGUUUGCUUGGGGUGAACUGAAGAUUAACUCAUUCUGGACAAAUACAGAAUUUAUUGGCAUUGCUGCCGGAGCAGGCGUGUUCCUGAUUGCCAUCAUUGUUAUCGUAAUAUGCAUUGUCAGGUGCCGCAACAGAACACAAGACCAUCCAGAUGAUGGUAUCCCGCUUGAAAUUACUCCAUCAAAUACUACCAAAAGGGUUCCAAAUAAUUACACUACUCCAUCACAUACUACCAAAGGGGUUGAAAAUGAAUACACUAGAAUAAAUCCUGUGGCAUUUAUUCAACCUCAGCAGACUCUGGUGAGAACCAGGACGCCAAAAGAAAUUGCUGAUGCGUUUUGUAAGCGUCUGAGAAGUAACGUUGGAAAAGUCGUGAAAACCUCUCUUAUUGAGAGGUGUAAUAUAGAACCUGGAAAAAUUUGUACAAACAAAGGAAAGAAGAUUCGUGUUAUAAGUGGACAGUAUAAUGCAUCUACGUCAUCCCCGUACUCUGGUUCCAGUCUUACGAUUAAAACUUUACUCGAGUCUUACCCAGAAGAGGGCGAUCUGCCUGACUGGCUGAAUAAUAAUUUACUGGAAUGCACGGGGCUGCAAGACUUCGACAAUGAUAAUGUUCUUAGAAUGAAGGGAAUAGCUGUCGAUGCUAAAAAUAUCUAUAUUAUAUACCCAGCAAUGUCGAACAAAACCCUCAAAGAUUACCUUAUUAGCAAAAAAGAGCAUUUGACUACGGAACAGAGACUGGAGAUUUGCACACAGGUGGCAGAAGGGAUGAAUUAUCUGAGUACGCAGGGUAUUGUACAUAAAGACUUGGCGGCGAGGAAUUGCUGGGUAUCCCGUGAUUUCGAAGUGAAAAUAAGCGAUGCCUCGUUCAGUUUUGACCUGUAUCCAGAUGAGUAUCUAGAGAGCAUUGGUCGAUAUCAGCCUAUUAGAUGGAUGGCGCCAGAAAGUUUACGUCAAGGUUUCUACGACACGAAAUCGGACGUGUGGUCAUAUGGGGUUCUUGUCUGGGAAGUCUUCACCAAUGGUCACAUGCCUUACUUUGAAAUCAGAAGUAAUGAUGAAGUGAAGCAGAAAGUCCGUGAUGAAGGAUACAGACUUAGAAAGCCGAACGACUGUUCUGACGCCAUAUUUCAUGUUUUAGAGGAGUGUCAUAAAAACAGUUCGGAAGAUCGUCCCAACUUUUUCAUUGUGCAGAAUAUGUUAGACAAUAUCAUAAACCCUACAUCUCCAAUUGUUUCCUAUGCAAAUCAACAAGAUUUAGCAGCGGGAGAAGAUGGCAUGGAGGACUACGAAAACAUAAGAAUAAAUCCACCACCACGUCCACCAAAAGGACGAAGGCCGUAAAAUAAGGCUCGGCUGAAAAUUAGUUUCAGAGCAUUUAAGAAGGUCUUCUGCUAAUGUGUUUUUGUGUGUGUGUGUGUGACGGCUGACAUUGUAUGAUAACGAUGUGUUACAUCGGGGAUGCACACCAAAGAAUCUCUGUGAUACCACCUAGACUAUUACAAAAAAAUCAUUCUAAUAUUCAUAAGUAGUUUUACUUUUAUUAUUGUCAUGUUUAUACACAUUUCAUUUACACUUCUUUCUUAUACAAUAUAUAGAUUGAACACCAGUCAUUUCGCUACACUUAUAUAACACGGAAUAACUCUUAUAGUUAAUAUAGGGAAAGACUUUGGUCCAGUUUUUUAAAAUGUCAAAAACACGACUAAACCUUCAUAUUCAAUAAAAGAUUGUUUGCAUAACUGUUUACUUACUGCAAAAUUGAAAGUUACAUAAUGGCAAAACAUCCUUAGGAAUGUUUAAAAGCCAUGUAUCGUUUUCAGUUUUAGGAAUGAGUCUAAAAUUAUGCAUACUUUGAAAUGCUGUAUCAGAAUAACAUGUUGUUUUGUGUUUUAAUUCGGACUAUCUAUACAACUCACCCCUUCAAAACAUUCUUUUCCAAAAUUCCUCAAGUGGUGCAUUGUAUAAAUGUUUCCCAUGUAUUUUAAAUAUCAUUUAAGUUUUAAAAAAAAUCCUGGAGAUACAUGCAAUAUAGGAGAGGCUUUCAUUAUAACUGACAAUUUGAAUUAUAUCAAAUUCAUCGUAGGUUGGAAAUCAUUCUAUACGUAUACGCAAUAAACCAUUCACUUGAUUAAAAUUAACUAAAGGCAUGUCACGUACUGUUCUUUCAAAGUUAUAAGAGUGCGUCAUAUCUUCUCCGCUAACCAAUGGAGCUCUUUCUGUAUGGAUGUAAUAUGACUGUGGCGGGACGUUUUAAUGGUGAUGUGAUCUGGACAUGUUACAAUUUGACCGAUAUGAUGUUUGGAAUAACACUCAACAAGGUGUUAUAGUAACCUGACUUGAAGUGUGUGACAUUGUGCAUAUUUGCUGUUCUGUAUCCAUUAGAAUCUAACACUGCUCGUAGAUUUCUUACACUGUUGAUUUCUCCGACCUUUACCAGGCUAUUCGCAAACAAGUUGGCAUUAUCACUAGAUCACUAGGUCUUUACUUUAUGAUGCGGUUUGCUUGAUUGUGCAUAUAAAGACCAACACAUAGAGCCAGCACCAUACAACUAGUUACAGUAUCUAACUAACACUCGUUGGUGUAGAACUGAUAAAGCAGAAUAACGUUUUUCGGUCGAAGAAAGUACAGAACACAUUAACACCGAAAUGCGAUUAUGAGAGAGAUUGCGUAUGUUUAAACAAAUAGGCCUACAUAAAGAAUAAACUUUCUAAAGAUUGUCCGAACAAUGUCAUCUAGACCUUGUUACGUGUGUUUACUUAGUAAAGCUUUUAUGUUUGAAACAUUUCAGUUCAUUGAUAUUAAGGAAAUUCUAAAUUAAUAUGAUCUUAAAUGCUUAUCAAGUUUCAAACGAGAAAUAUUAACCAUAAUCAGUGACGGUUUCUCACAACUGUUUAAAUGUUGGUUGAAUAUCUAAUGCUCAGUAGGGAUAUGCAGCAGAGACGCGCAAAACAUCUGGGCGCCCGUGCAGCAAGUAGUUAACGGUCUACGAUGAACUGAAUCAGAAUGGUUGUUUUCAUAAACGUUUCAUUUUACAACCAUUUGUUAGACGUGGAACAUUCUUUUAGAACUAACUCUCUAUUCUUUUAUGCAUUUGCAGAAAGUGAUCUGCUAACUUGUUUAUUCACACAUCAGGAUUAACUUGUUUUAUGUCGCAUAAUAAUGUCUGAAAGACUACAAAGAACUGGAAACUAUCCCCUCCACUAAAUGUUUACGCAAUUUUAAACAAAGGUUUUAAAAAUAAAAUUGAAAGCCAACGAAUGCUUUUAAACGUUACAUUUUAUGACAUGCAUGUUAGGCGUUAAUAAAUGUAUAUCUUUUGCUGAAAAUAAAUACUAACUUUGUAAAUUAUUUGUUAUAUUUUCUGUUUAAGUAUAUCUCGAAUUUCUUAAAAAAUGUAUAGAAUAUCGUUGGACAAUCAAUCAUUUCAUAUGUUUACAUAUUUAGUACUCUCCACUGUAUAAUGGGUUAACGCUUGUCAGAUUAUUUACUUUUUUAACAAAGUGCUUCAUCUAAA